CUUCCAAAGAGAGAUUGUUAUUAUUCCUCACGAUGACCCGACAGUCUCUGCUUUCUUUUUCCUUUCUUCCAGAAGGAGAUUUAACCAUAGUAGAAAGAAUGGAGAACUAUUAACUGCCUUUCUUCUGUGGGCUGUGAUUUUCAGAGGGGAAUGCUAAGAGGAGUCCACUAGGCCAUGAGUUGACCAUGGUGAUGGCCAAGAGUUGGGGCUUUGAGGAGUCCACAGUGUCGGACACCCACAGCGGUCGACCCCGGUGGAACCAGGGAGCCCAGUGAAGAGUGUCCUGCAUGAAUCAGAGGGGUAUUGUGGUGAUUUUCAAUGUUGGGACUCAAAGGUGAAGACACUGAAGGACAGAAUUUUUGGCAGAGCUUCUUCCAGGUCAUAGUGUCUGCCCCCCACCUUCCGGUGUCUCCUGAUAUGCAGCAUGAAUGAAAAUGGCAAGUUUCGUGGCCUUCCUUCUGCUCAUCUUUCGUGUCUGCCUCCUUUUGCUUCAGCUGCUCAUGCCUCACUCAGCUCAGUUUUCUGUGCUUGGACCCUCUGGGCCCAUCCUGGCCAUGGUGGGUGAAGACGCUGAUCUGCCCUGUCACCUGUUCCCGACCAUGAGUGCAGAGACCAUGGAGCUGAGGUGGGUGAGUUCCAGCCUAAGGCAGGUGGUGAACGUGUAUGCAGAUGGAAAGGAAGUGGAAGACAGGCAGAGUGCACCAUAUCGAGGGAGAACUUCGAUUCUGCGGGAUGGCAUCACUGCAGGGAAGGCUGCUCUCCGAAUACACAACGUCACAGCCUCUGACAGUGGAAAGUACUUGUGUUAUUUCCAAGAUGGUGACUUCUAUGAAAAAGCCCUGGUGGAGCUGAAGGUUGCAGCACUGGGUUCUGAUCUUCACGUUGAUGUGAAGGGUUACGAGGAUGGAGGGAUCCAUCUGGAGUGCAGGUCCACUGGCUGGUACCCCCAACCCCAAAUACAGUGGAGCAACAACAAGGGAGAGAACAUCCCGACUGUGGAAGCACCUGUGGUUGCAGACGGAGUGGGCCUGUAUGCAGUAGCAGCAUCUGUGAUCAUGAGAGGCAGCUCUGGGGAGGGUGUAUCCUGUACCAUCAGAAGUUCCCUCCUCGGCCUGGAAAAGACAGCCAGCAUUUCCAUCGCAGACCCCUUCUUCAGGAGCGCCCAGAGGUGGAUCGCCGCCCUGGCAGGGACCCUGCCUGUCUUGCUGCUGCUUCUUGGGGGAGCCGGUUACUUCCUGUGGCAACAGCAGGAGGAAAAAAAGACUCAGUUCAGAAAGAAAAAGAGAGAGCAAGAGUUGAGAGAAAUGGCCUGGAGCACAAUGAAGCAAGAACAAAGCACAAGAGUGAAGCUCCUGGAGGAACUCAGAUGGAGAAGUAUCCAGUACGCAUCUCGGGGAGAGAGACAUUCAGCCUAUAAUGAAUGGAAAAAGGCCCUCUUCAAGCCUGGGCCUCCCAUUGGCCAAACCCAACAGCAAACCAGAGGACAAGGGAGCCCAGUGGCACUGUCUCAGGAAUCUGCCCAGAGAACAGAUUCCUGGGGCCCAGAAGAGGGUGGAGAAAGCUGAAGGGUGGAGAGUGAAUCUAGGGCAUAUAAGGCACCACACAGAGCCCAGCACAGAGACGGCCUUGCAGCUAUCAGGAAGAUGAGGAGCUUCCUUCAUGGCCUGCUGUGGGCUGAGUAAAUAACAUGAUUGCCUUCUACAGCGCUAGAGAUUCAUUUGUUUAUCCCCAUUUUUCAGGUGAGGAAAUGCUUCAGAUGAGGCUCCACUUUGUUAAAUAAAUUGGAUGUAUGGAAAAAUAGACUGCAGAAAAGGGGAACUCAUUUAGCUCAUGAGUGGUCGAAUGAAGGUUGAAAAUUAACCUCUGAGUAUAAAGCAUUAGUGGGCAGAGUGAAUGUGGGGAGGGAAACAAGAAAAACGUAGAAAGGAUCCUUGCUGCUUCCUGAGGCCACGUCAGGGUAUUGGGUUAGGCAGAUGCUGAGGCAACCCUCAUUUCACCCUCCUCUUCCCCUCUGGACACAAGAUACCUGAUACCUGGGGCUUUCUCUCCUGACAUCGAUGAGAGAGUCACAUUUAGGGCAGACUAGGAACACCAGGCUUUGGACUCAGACCUCCUCAGCAUGGCCCAGGCCUUGCAUGCUGAGGCUCUGAAAUCCAGGAAAAAUGGUUGACCGCAUGGACACUUCCUCAAACUCUCUGCAGCGGAUGUGAUUCUGGAUCCAAAAACAGCAAACCCCAUCCUCCUUGUUUCUGAGGACCAGAGGAGUGUGCAGCGUGCCAAGGAGCCCCAGGAUCUGCCAGACAACCCUGAGAGAUUUAAUUGGCAUUAUUGUGUUCUCGGCUGUGAGAGCUUCAUAUCAGGGAGACAUUACUGGGAGGUGGAGGUAGGGGACAGGAAAGAGUGGCAUAUAGGGGUGUGCAGUAAGAAUGUGCAGAGAAAAGGCUGGGUCAAAAUGACACCUGAGAAUGGAUUCUGGACUAUGGGGCUGACUGAUGGGAAUAAGUAUCGGACUCUAACUGAGCCCAGAACCAACCUGAAACUUCCUAAGCCCCCUACGAAAGUGGGGGUCUUCCUGGACUAUGAGACUGGAGAUAUCUCAUUCUACAAUGCUGUGGAUGGAUCGCAUAUUCAUACUUUCCUGGACGUCUCCUUCUCUGAGGCUCUAUAUCCUGUUUUCAGAAUUUUGACCUUGGAGCCCACGGCCCUGACUAUUUGUCCAGCGUGAAAAGAAGGAGAGUUCCUCCAAUUCUGACCGAGUGCUGAUCAUUCCCUAGAGACACCAGUAACCCCGGGCUUAGCUAACGAAAGUGGGGAGCCUCAGGCUGAAGUAACUUUUCUCUGCUUCUCCCUGCCCAGCUCAGAGCUGAGGGCCUCCCCCUCCACAGCAACCAAUCACAACCAUAAAGCUACAAGCACGCACUGAAGCACUUUACUGAUACUCAUUCAAUUAUUCAUAUGACAGUUGUUUGAGUUUGGUACCACCUUAUUUUCCCCUUAUACAGAUAAGGAAACUGGGGUGCAGAAAAGUGAAUUGACUACAAAGUAGACAUGAUUAGUUGACAACACAGCUGGGAUCUAAACAGCAAUAACUAACAUUAAUGGAGAACUUAAAAUGCUCUGAGUGCUGUGUUAUGAGCUUUGGUGGGUGUCACUCCUUUAAUCCUCGCAACACCCUGUCGGGUAGUCUCAUUUAGCAAGUAUGGAAGUUGAGGCAGGGCAACAUUAAGUAACUUACAUAACUCAUGCAGUAAUUUCUGCAGCUGGGAGAUGUUCAGCUUCAGUCCCUGGCCCUAUGGCCGUUCUUUUCCACCCUGUUUCUUCCCCCAUAGGAAGAACCCACCUGUAGCCCUGAGGUUCUUUUCCCAGGAUGGCUCCAGGAUAAGGAUCACUGUAGGUGGUUGUGGAGUUGACACCCCUGUUGACUCCUUCCCAGCUGAUUGUCAGAGCCUUAGACCCAGCACGCCUUGGAUUAGCUCUGCAGAGUGUCUUGGUUGAGAGAAUAACCUCACCGUACCCACAUGACACGUGAUUUGGAAAGAGACUAGAGGCCACACUUGAUAAAUCAUGGGGAACAGAUGUGUUCCCACCCAACAAAUGUGAUAAGUGAUCGUGCAGCCAGAGCCAGCCUUCCUUCAAUCAAGGUUUCCAGGCAGAGCAAAUACCCUAGAGAUUCUCUGUGAUAUAGGAAAUUUGGAUGAAGGGAGCUAGAAGAAAUACAGGGAUUUUUUUUUUUUUUUUUUUUAAGAUGGAGUCUUACUCUGUUGCUAGGCUGGAGUGCAGUGGUGCGAUCUCAGCUCCCUGCAACCUCCACCUCCUGGGUUCAAACAAUUCUCCUGCCUCAGCCUCCCGAGUACUGGGAAUAUAGGUGCACGCCACCACACCCAACAAAUUUUUGUACUUUUAGUACAGAUGAGGGUUCACUAUGUUGGCCAGGAUGGUCUCGAUCUCUUGACCUCAUGAUCCACCCACCUCGGUCUCCCAAAGUGCUGGGAUUACAGGCUUGAGCCACCGGGUGACUGGCUUACAGGGAUAUUUUUAAUCCCGUUAUGGACUCUGUCUCCAGGAGAGGUGUCUAUCCACCCCUGCUCAUUGGUGGAUGUUAAACCAAUAUUCCUUUCAACUGCUGCCUGCUAGGGAAAAACUACUCCUCAUUAUUAUCAUUAUUAUUGCUCUCCACUGUAUCCCCUCUACCUGGCAUGUGCUUGUCAAGUUCUAGUUGUUCAAUAAAUUUGUUAAUAAUGCUGA